GGAGUCAGUCAAUCCGACGGCCCGCACGGGCUGACGGCAGUACGCAGGGUGGGCUAUUCGGUCAUUCCGCCGUCUCGCUGGCCGUCGUCGUGGUUCCUCCUCCAACCCCACGGCCGAGGCGGAAGCACUCACCACCGCGCUCAAGUGCCAGUGACCUCACCGCCUCCCGCCCUUUUUAAACUAGUGCUCCCGAGGUCCGGCUCACCACCGCCGCGCUCCCGCUUCCUCCCCCACCCCCAUGGGCAGCAAAACCCUAGUAGUAGCCCCCAGACAGAGGCACCAACCGGUUGGUACUGCGCGGCGUAGCACGUAGAUCCCGCCCCCGCCCCCGCCCCGCCCCCGCCCCCGCGACGACCGGAUCCGAUGGCGGAGAUCGCCGUCGGCGUCUCCUCCCCGCGCGCCUCCGUCGCCGCCGCCGCCGCAGCGGCGGCGGCGUCGGCCUCCGCCGGGCCGGCCGUGCUGUCCUCCCCGCGCGCCGCGCUAAGCCGCGGGGCGCACCAGUUUCACCACCGGCGGUGGGCGCCGCCGACGAUCUCGCCGUCCUACAGGGCGUACCUGGUCGCGCUCUGGCUCGUCGGCUUCGUGCUCGUCUUCCUGUGGCAGAACACCUCCAUGGGCCGCCUGCGGCUCUACAACCGGCCCCCCAUGCCCAAGCGCGCGCCGUCCGCCGCAGCGAUGGGGCAGUGGGUGGCCUCGCCGCCGGUGUACGACUUGAGGGAGUUUGGGGGCGUCGGGGACGGGCGGACGCUCAACACGGCGGCCUUCGAGGGCGCGGUGGCGGCCAUCUCGGAGAGGGGCGGUGGGAGGCUCACCGUGCCUGCUGGCCGGUGGCUCACUGCGCCGUUUAACCUCACCAGCCACAUGACGCUCUUCCUCGCUGCUGGCGCUGAGAUCCUGGGGGUCCAGGAUGAAAGAUACUGGCCAUUGAUGUCUCCAUUACCAUCAUAUGGAUAUGGAAGAGAGCACAAGGGACCUCGAUAUGGGAGCCUCAUACAUGGUCAAGACCUGAAGGAUGUAAUUAUAACUGGUCACAAUGGCACUAUAAAUGGACAAGGCCAAAGUUGGUGGAUCAAAUUUCGCAAGAAGCUCCUCAAUCACACCAGGGGUCCUCUUGUUCAGCUCAUGCGGUCAAGUAACAUUAUUAUUUCUAACAUCACAUUGCGUGAUUCUCCCUUCUGGACACUUCAUGUAUACGACUGCAAGAAUGUUACAAUCUCGGGAACUACUAUCCUGGCUCCAAUUGUUGGGGCUCCAAACACUGAUGGGAUAGAUCCAGAUUCUUGUGAAAAUGUGAUGAUUGAAAAUUGCUAUAUUUCUGUUGGUGAUGACGGAGUAGCUAUAAAGAGUGGUUGGGAUCAAUAUGGAAUUGCUUAUGGGCGUCCAUCUACUAACAUCACUAUUCGCAAUGUCAUAAUCCGCUCCAUGGUCAGUGCUGGCGUGUCUAUAGGAAGCGAGAUGUCUGGUGGUGUCUCAAACGUUUUGGUAGAGAAUGUCCACAUUUGGAGUUCGCGGCGAGGUGUGAGGAUAAAGACUGCCCCUGGAAGAGGGGCCUAUGUAAACAACAUUGUCUACAGAAACAUAACCCUAGAAAAUGUCCGUGUUGGCAUCGUGAUAAAGACCGACUAUAAUGAGCACCCAGAUGAACUGUUCGACCCGAAGGCUGUUCCUGUUGUCGGUAACAUCUCUUAUACGUCAAUCCAUGGGCAAAGGGUGCGGGUACCCGUCAGGAUACAAGGGAGCGCGGAGAUCCCUGUGAGGAAUGUUACUUUCCAUGAUAUGUCAGUUGGCAUACUUGACAAGAAGCACCAUGUUUUCCAGUGCUCCUUCGUCCAGGGGCAGGUGAUCGGCUAUGUUUUCCCUGUGCCCUGCAAGAACCUGGACCUGUACAAUGAGCGGCGCGAGAUGGUUAAACAAUCGACACUGCAGAACAUUUCUGAUAUCGACUACAGUUUCUGACACGGCGGUUUCAAGGUCUCACUGUACUAUUUAGGAGUAUCCAGUGAUCAGCUUAGUCUUGUUUUACUGCAUACACAGGAAAUUUUGUUUGUAGCUGUUUACACCUCCCUCUGUCUCAGGCGUGUAUUUAAAGAGGCCAAGACUUGUCUAUACUGUGUCAUAGAAUGGUGCAUCUGUUUUCACAUUUCAUCCCUGUAUUUCUACACAUCAAUUAAACGAUUAAAACUUCACUAA